UUACAAUUUUAUUUUAUUUUAUUUUAUUUUAUUUUAUUUUUAAUUUUUUUUUUGCAUGACUGCCAACUGUUAGAUCAUGGACAAAACAAACCCCAACAAGGCAACAAUCCAAAAUCUAGACUUGUUAUCAAAAGUAUAGAGGAGAAAGUAGAGGAGAUGAAAGAACGGAGAAAGUGAAGGUGUCUUCGAUGCAUGCAACAAGGUGGUUCUUGAUUAUCCUGGUUCUACUCAUUUACAAUAUCAGAAACUUUCAAUUGGUCUUUUCCAAACUCUCUAUUCAUGGUUUAAGCUACUAUUCUGUUUGGAGACCUUGCACUUUUCUUUGAUGUCUACAUGUACUUCUCUUAUCUGUCGCCACCUCCGCUAGCCAAACAACUCCCACCUCCGCCCCUUCUAACACCGGGUUGAAUAAUCGGUGGAAAGCAGCAAUUGAUUUCAAGUUUGUUAAGGAUAAUGCGCGAAAUGCAGUUUCUGCUAACAUCAAUAACAGGAAUUCUACUACUAAUUUGGAGUUGGUUCUUGAGCUUUAUGACAAAAUGCUUUAUGUUUAGAAGAACUCGAGGUGAUUCUGGGGUGGGAACUUCUGGUCAAAGAAUCCCCGAUUCCAACUGUGAUUGGGGAUCCAAGUGCAACUGUCCCAAUAACGAGCAUUCCUACUCCGCCGAAUAUAAAAACAAUCUGUAUUUGGCCCAAAAAGAAAAUACGAGUACUCGAAACUAUUUGGAAGAAUGGUUUCGGAAGAGGGAAGUGGAGCCAGGAGAGGAGGUUGAGUCAAAAUAUGACGAUCGGAAACCCACUCCCUCAGAUCUGCGUUUUUUCGGUGAAGGAGAUUCCGAUGAGGAACCAAGUGGGUCUGAUUCAUUUGAUCUGGUGUAUGUUGGAGAGUGUGAAAAUGAGAAUGGUGAUGCUGUUGGGUCUCCAGGACAACUUUCAUCUGGUUAUCCCUCCUCAAAGAAAGGAGAAAAGGGAAAAAAAUCGGCUUCAGCAUCUGAUGAUGCUUAGAUAAGUCUGUCUCCUUUCUCCCUUUUUUCAUUUUAUUGAAUGCUGGCUAGCUGUGGAGUCAUAAGGUGGAUGCCAACAACUGUGAUCUGUUGUUGGCCAGGGGUGUUGUUGUUUGGAUGAUGAUGUUGUGAUUAGUUGUAUGGAUGUUGAUGUUAGAUAUUUUAAGUUAUGAUAUUGAUAUUGAUAAUGAUGAUUGGAUGAUGGUGUUUCCAUAUGGUUAUGAAAUUUUGUGGAAUGUUGUCUGUGUGAUGAACAUGAUUUGAUGGCUUAAUGUCCCCUGUUUUAUGGUAUGUUUUGUGUAUGAUAAAUAUGAUGCUUUGGUGAGUAUGAGAUUUGAUCAGUAUAACUAUGUUUUGGAUUAGUAAAGGCAUGAAAUGAAUAUAAUUUGGGGAUAGGGUUUGAGUUAUUUCAGUCCUCUCAGUGUGGCCUGGUGUUGAAUGCUUAAUGUCCAAGCAUGUCCCUUUAGGAUACAAUAAUGUCCCUUUAUUUAUUGUGAUCGAUGAUGAGUCUUUUUUUUGCUGAGGAACAAGUCCAACUAACCACAAAUGCUCGUGCUGCCAUUAGUAUCAGUAAUGAUAUUUCUCGGGCGCUAAGUGUUUGUGGUUUGGAGUUGUUUUAAUGAUGCUUGGGGACAUUCUGAGAUCAAUAAUAUGAGGUUUGUGAUCUUCAAUGAUGUGAUUGUUGAUAUUCUGAGAUCUUUGUUUUGAUAAUUGUCCUUUAACUUCUUUUGUCGAACGGAGUGAAUGUCAUUUCACACAAUGGAAUGUGAAUAUCAAUCAUUCCGUUCGGCAGAAGAAUGUUAAAGAUAUGAUAGUAUUGAAACUACUUGAUCAAUGAUGUGUGUCAAUAUGUCUGAGAAAUGAAACCCUACAUGUUAAUGAUCUGUUUAAUGCUUCAUGUCCCAUUAAUCAGUGGAGGUCUGUGAUGAGUCUUUCAUUUGAUGAGGUUCAAACCCUAUGUUUUGAUCAGUUCAUGGUGAUCUGAUGCAUUGUUGAUUGUUAUUGUUAUGCUUGAUCUGUGAUGAGUCUUUCAUUUGCUGAGACUCAAACCCAAUGUUCCAAUAACACUUGUGUACCAUUAGCAUCAUUGAUGCUCUUCCGGAGCUAAGUGUUAGGGGAUAGGGUUUGUGUCAAUGAUGCUUGGGGACAUUCUGAGAUCUUAUGUCAGGU